AUGGGACAAAUGCCCGACGAACUACACACGGCUUCACUGUUUCGCAUGCGUCGCGUGAUGAAGUGCUUGGGAAUGCUGCCGGUGUGGGAAAACCUGUUUGCCAAAGUGUUUUGCAAUGUGGUCCUUUGUGUUGCAGUUGGCUUUUCAAGCUACGGACGCUUCAGCUUUGAUUACGACUUUGACUACGAUUUCCUGAAUGAUCACUUUUCCAGCAGCAUGGAUCUGACCAACUUUACGGCCCUGAUUGCGAUUCAUGUGAUCGUCGUAAUGGAGCUUCUAUGGGGAUAUAGCUGCAAGGAUGUCGAUGGGCAACUGCAGGCGAUUCAAUUCGCGAUUAAUGUACACCUGGGCACUCCGGCUAGUCUGGAUCGGGUUCGUGGCUACUGCAAUGCCAUUUACGGAUCCCUAUUCAUUCGAAGUCUGAUUUUUAUCCUAAUGACGGCGUACAACAAUCGCGCUUUAACCUAUUAUGCCUUAUAUUCGGAAUUAGUUUUGCUGGCCAGAUUCUCCGAGUUCACUCAUUACUGUGCCGUGAUUUAUUUCCUGUACCAGGAGCUUCUCCUUGGAGCUUCAAAUGUCCUGGAAGAGUUGCAGCGAACGCGAUUCGAGCUGUGGUCCAUACGCCGCUUGUCGCUGGAAAAGUUGUCAAAGUUGCAACGAAUCCAUGGACAAUUGUGGCAAUCCAUCCGUUGUCUGGAGCAAUAUUUCCGACUAAGUCUGAUCACCCUGCUCCUGAAGUUCUUUGUAGACUCCUCGGCUUUGCCCUACUGGCUUUAUCUCGGCCAAGUGCAGCACACAGCAGUGUCCAUCCAAUAUUAUGUCUGCUGCGAAGAGUGCAUCAAACUAUUGGAAAUUGUAGUGCCCUGCUGGAUUUGCAUGCGCUGCGAUGUAAUGCAGCGAAAGUUGCGCUCUAUAUUCUACACAAUAACCACGGAUCGACGUAAUAGCCAACUGAAUCUGGCUCUUAGGAAACUUUGCCUGCAAUUGAGUCAGGAGAGAUUUCAAUUUAGUGCAGGAGGACUGGUGGAAAUCACCACAGAAAUGCUGGGAAAGUUCGUAUUCGGAAUGAUCAGCUAUAUUGUGAUCUGCAUUCAAUUUAGCAUCAGCAUGAGGGCGAGCAACGCCAACAAACUGGCACAAAGUACCACACCCAGUGGCCCCAUUUAA